AUGAAGACAUUCGACGAUUCAAAAUUCACAGGAUUCCUGGAAUGGCAGUGUGAAAUCUACGACUAUCGGAUCAAGAGUGGUGCACCAGGACAUACGCCGACGAGAGACAGUGGUUACGGGUGUCGGCUGAUGUGCUCCUUGUCCUACAUCUCUGGCUCUAGGCUCAUCGCCUUGUUUGACAGGUUCGUAAUCAUGACCAUCAUCUUCAAAAUUCAUUCCGACAAGGCGAAAGCUAUUGGACCCAUGAUGUUCCCCUGGUUGCUGGGGGCUAAUGGCGAAGAUGAGGAUGCCCAAGAUUCGACAUUUAGAGACGGUGCCGUCACCACCGGUUGCAGCACCGAUGGCCCGGAGAGUAGCAAUCUGGCAACAAAUGGUUUUACCAGCGUUGAUUACUUUGGUUCGAACGACCUAGCUCGAGAGGACCAGUCCAUAUUCAUCAACGACAAAUACCACAGGAACGACGUGGAGAAGGUCUAUUCCUAUGGCUCCAUAUCAGCCUCUAGACGAUUCCUUCUCAUCACCCAUAACCCUGAACCUGUCUAUGACCUCCGUCUGCAAUUUGUCAUGGUGGAGUUCCACGACGACGACGACGACGACGACGACGACUUCGCCGCUGACGACGGAUAUCCUCCAUCCUCACUCAAUGAGCGAUAUCAAACCCUCAUAUAG